AUGAAUGUCUUCAAUGCGAUCCAUUCGUCGACCUCAAAUCUGAUCUCGAAGACAGGAAACACCGGAGCCAAUGACACACAGCCGCCACGACUGCUGUACUUUUGCAUAUUCGACCCGUCUUUGGGUGACCCCAGCAAGGAAGACGAUCAACAACUGAUCAACCAGAUUCUCGUAUAUCUCAACUUUGAGGACCGGGAUGUCCUUGAGACCGAGAAGGCUAAACGAAUCGGGUUCAUACAAGGGCUUGGUGCAUUUGCAGGCCGUUUUCACAGCUCUGGCGACGGUCCUUUAAAUUACAUUGACACAGAUAAAUCUAGAGUGGUUACUGGGAUCUUCGAGGAAAAAUACCAUUUCUUCUGUGGAUUCAGAUUUGCGAAAACUGGACAGUCUUACGUGCGGCGAGGCAUUGCAACUCCAACGUAUCUACUGAACGAGUUUCAGUAUGGCUACAAUCUUUACCGAAUAAAUUAUGGACUCAUAGAUCGCAACGCAAAGAAACGACUGGAAGAUUGGUGGCGGAUCUGGCUGACGCAGAAAUUUGAGUAUCCUUCAGGCUUUGGUCUGACAGACCGAGGGGUGCUGAAUUUGCUCUCGGGAUAUCGGCGUUCGUCCGUGGGGCUGCCGCUUGGGUUCAGGGAUAAUCUCACGAAUGCUUUGAAGGAGUUCAGCUCAAAAAACAGCUCCUUGGUUGACUUGUUGAUUGUGAACACGAACUGGACGCCGACCAAGAACUUUGGCGUGAUAUAUCUGAACGACGAAUCACCCAUACCCAGAGAGUGGCUGAUAAACCUGGUGAACCAUUUCGAGAGACUCGAUCUUUCUACAGGCCUCUCUACGUACUCGCUAAGACUCAGCAACAUCCCGUCGUUGAAAGCAUAUUACGCUGCCAUUCAGGCUUUGUCUGGAGGGAAUAGAACGCUGCUCGAUAGGUCGAUAUUACAACCUGCUAUUUAUAUUCACGAACAAUUGACUACACAUGUGUUCAAUCCUUUCACCUCUGCAAUCAAUACUGUUGCCUCGGUCCCUCAUCUUGUGUCUUCUAUUGGCUUGUUCGGACUAGGUUCGUCCUCCAACGAAGAGCCUGAAGUGUUGGAUGAGGCAGUCGCGGAAGCCCCAACAUCGCAAGAGUCGCUGGGCACGGAGCUUACAGGAAAAUUUCUAUUAGGCGAGACAAGCGAUGGAAGGAUCACGAAAACGGUGCAUCUGGGAAACUUAAUUUUGGAGAUGGUUGUGUACGAAAUCAAUGGGAUAAUGUUCACCUUGUUGUUCAAAGAGAUUGGCAAAGAGUCUGAUUUUUUUGCUUCUCUUCAAACACAGCUAGACGAUAUUUACUCUUCUUAUUUCAGUGAUGUGGUCGCUACACAAUUGAGAUCCAUGGAAAAAGACUUGAGAGAGAACUCAGAGUUUUUCUAUCUAAUAUACAAUCCGAUGACCAAAGAAAUCAAAACCUCUCUGCCAAAUAUCCCCGACUCAGAUGAAAUCAAAGAAAUCAAAACUUCUGUGCUACCAUCCGAGGGAGUAAACAGGACGCAGAUAAUCAAUCUCACAUUGAGCCUCAUGACUCAUAUUCUGGAGAGCCAUGAGUUUCUCGGUCUCGAGCCAGUCGAGAAGGUUGUCAAGAUCAACCGAAAUUGGUGGUGUCUGCAUAAGAUCGUCGAUGGUAAAAGUGUGAUCGCUCUCAAGAAGUUUUCUCCCAGUGAGUUCAAUUUGGAAGCCGACAAUCUGGUUGCCUCUUUUGGAGCAGAAUUUAGUAAAUGGUUUAAUGAGUCUAUCGAAAGCGGGUUCAUCUAA